GUCACUGUCAAAUGGGUCUGUUUGCGUAUGUCAUGCAGCCAAUUCUCAAGUGAAUCACGAAGAAAAACAAAAUAAAUAUACUCUAAUAACAUUAAUAAUUAAAGCUGGGUGGCGUUAUAAACGCGUUUAAAGAAUGCGCACUUGCCAGUUAAUAAUUUGUUAAUCGGGUUUUAAAAUCGCUACCUGACUAUCAAACAAAAACAUGUUACGAAUAUAUGUCGUGCAAUUUUGUUUAUUGUUUCUAUAUGCACGGGUUGGGGCGGCUUCAGAUGAAGCUAAAGCUGAUAAAUCAGUGACAGUAGACUGCAGCACCCUGCGGUUAGGUCAAUACAUUUGUCCAGACCCGAACGUUGAUCAAAUUGAUCCCGAUACUCAGCAGUUUAAGGGAUGCGUUAAAGGGAAGGAAAUUCCAUCAGAAGGGGAAGCAGAUGUGCUAUGUAUAGCAGCAGAAGGAAUAAUCUGCAAUGAGACAAACAAUUCCACAUUUACAAGAAAGUUGCCAUGUAAAUGGACGAAUGGUUAUUCUCUAGAAAUAGCGUUACUCCUAUCUGUAUUCUUGGGUAUGUUUGGACUGGACAGAUUCUACCUGGGUUACCCAGGAAUUGGACUGGCUAAACUCUGUACUUUGGGGUUUAUGUUUCUGGGACAACUGUUGGAUAUAAUACUUAUCGCUGCACAGGUGGUUGGUCCAUCAGAUGGUUCAGCGUAUGUAAUUCCUUACUAUGGAGCUGGUGUGACCGUAGUCCGCAGCACCAACGAGACAUACCUGCUUCCCCAAGCAGACUGGCACAACAUCACUUGACAGUGGGGAACAAUAUCAUUCGAGGACGAUGAGGACUAUGAAUGGACAUAAGAACCUAUGUGUGUGUUUGAACAUUGACUGACUUGAUAUAGUUUGUGUAAAUACAAUUUUAUGUUAUAAGGACAUGAGUGAUUCUGUGUAAAGAGGUUUUUAUUCAAAUGAUACCAAAUACAGAUGGACUUGGAUAUAAAACUUGUAAAGUUGUAAUAACCUGUUUGGUUAGCUUAUGAAUAACAGUAUAUGCUUUUGAUACAACACUGUAGAUUCCUUCUAUGAAUAAUGUAAUCUAAACUUACCAGAUGCUUAUAAUAAUUUCAGUAAAUGUACAUAAAAAAAAUGUUAUGGAUAAUUCCAUCAGUACAUAUUCAUAUUUACUUAGAUAUUCUAAAUCAAUUAUGUAACUUUUAUACAGAUAUUGGGUAUGACUGCAGAUUCUGUACAGUUCUAUAAUUAUGUUAAAAAUAAAAUAUAAAACAC